GUUGAGGCUACGAAAGUUGCUAUGAAAGUUGCUCUGUCCUUGUUGCUAGUUUGAGGUGUGUAAAUAGCAAUCGGCUAAAUAUCGGUGCGCCACGAAUUCCCGCAUGCACUAGGUGCCCGCCGCUGCCUGGAGAUGCUGUGCGAGCGCAGCCCCAACAUGCAAGUCUUCCUCUACAGUUGUACUGACGUCAAACCCGCCCGCAACCCAACCAUCCACAACACAGACUUGAAGUGGAGCGCAGACACAGCUCAACGAAACCCUCACUCUUCUUCCAGAGCAUGGCUGCCGCCGGGGCCUUUGUAUAAAUGGACUUAUUCCACACAAUCACACAAACCAUGGACACUGUUCUGACCUGCGAUUGGUACGACUCCUUCAAAAGCUUCAAAAUGGACGGCCCUAGAUCAGGAUCAGACGACAAACUUAUGGAUACAUCGCCUGGAGGCGAAACUCCCCAAUAUGAAUCGAUCAAGACAGAGACUGUGCCGAAGGAGAAGCAGAGAGGCCAACUGGGUUCUGGGCCCAAUACAUCUGACGCAGUCUCUGUUUCCGAAAGCCGUGGACAACAAACCGCGGACAAUAUAAGAUAUGGACAAAAUGUCUCCGAAUCGGGUAUGGGUGGGAAAACAACAACCUCCACUGGUGUUGCUUCUCAGGAAGGUGGAUAUGGCGGAACGCCAGACCAGUCAGAAAGUCAGAAAGACACCCGGCCGCAGCAGGGUUAUGGUCCAGGAUCUGGCGUUGGAGCUUGAUACUAUGUCUUGCAGCGUGUAUUUUGUUGCUGGCUGUCGAUGCCUUAUGGGGAGACGUGAACAGUUUUGAGAGAGCCGUCCAGCUCCGUAGAAACUGACUGAGGAGGCGUAGUCGUCGUCGUGGGAAUGACGGGCUGUGGCUCGUCCUUCUUGUCCUUCGGUUCCACCUCUCGUUUAGCUGCCUUGAGCUUUUCCAAUGUCAAUCCAUCGCUCAGUUUCGUUAUCCCAACAACGGGCGGGUCUCCUUUCUUGACGAACUCGUACAUCCCGGGCAUCUUGUUGCCCGCCAGCCGGAACGCGUCCCGCACCACCUUUUCGUGGAUUUUCCCCUUGACCUCGAAAAUGAUCCUGCUGACCGGUAUUCGAGCCGCCCAAUAGUCAAAUUUACCUUUUCCUUUCCCC